CAUUGGAGGCCUGAACAUUCUUAUUCGGAACUAAUUUUUUAAGUACCUACCGAAGACAGCAUUGAAUCUAUGAGGUUUUGAGUUAGUUGAGACUGUUGCGUCUGCCUAGCGUGGUGAGGCACUUGCCGUCGCGGUCUGAAAUCCUGAAUUUGGUCUUCAUAACUGCAAUCCAUUGACGAAACCACUUAGUUUUAGACGAGAAAAAAUUCACUUUCCAUAGGUGAUGUUAGAAUAUUGUCUAUGUGUGGCUCCAGUCUAUUCACCGAUUAUCAAAUGAAAUUCUUCGCAAUUAUUGAUGCGCAUUAAACAGUAUUUGGCUAACACUGGCCAUAGAAAAACAACUUUCCACUAGCUGGGGACGGAUUAAAAAAAAACUGCUUUUCAUUGUAGUUUUGACUUCAUUUGGUCAUGGAUAGUCAUUUUGAAAGUUUUGGGAGAGUUGAUGAUGGUCCCUUUUUUGUUUUCUAUUGCUUCGCUUUCUAAGAGAAAUUGCGUUGAGGUAUGGAAUGUAGAGCUGUAACCGGAAAUUUGGUUGAAAAGUUGCUCCGUGAUAUUUUGCUUUGUGGUGUGGUCACUUAGCAUGACCUGACUAAUUGUGGGCCUUUGUGAUCGUGGUCUGGAUAAGUUGCCUGCCUUUUCAUACAUGUGAUGAGAACUGCUGGAUUCUCAAAUGAGACAGAGCAAUGAGUCCUCUACCACACAAAAUUGCCUCCUUUAGAAAUUCAUUCGGGAACCACUCAUGCGGUUUUAUGAACUGUAGAACGUUGAAUGUUCCUUUAAGAUGAACGAGAUUUCACUACGGUGGGUCCUGGUUAUUUUAGUGCCAAAUAGGCACUAGUUGAACUGAAUGGUUGUAUACAGUGAGGCUAAACUGAGGUGUAAUAGCACUUCUGCCCAUGUAUAAUUGUUUCAAUGCAAAGAAAAUAGGCUUUUGUUUAUUUUGACUAUCGAAUGGGUUAAUUUAGGAGCUAGAUGUAAAUAGUAGGAAGCCAGUGCAUUUGUGAGACAUACUAGUUUUGUCAUGGGAGCUUUAGAAAUCAACAAUUUUAUCAAUAUUUGUCCCAUCAAGGUGCUCGCAAGCAACUGAGGUUUUUAUGAGAGAAUUAUACUUAGCCUUCAGAAGAUUUUCUUUGUUAAUAAUUGGUAUGUGAGGAAUAUACGUUGUGCUUUUCAUGGUCACUAGUUGAAAAGUUUUAUCUCUAGUGCAAGUUUGGAGCCUGUCUUAGAUCUACAGCGCUCAGGCUUUCCACCAACUCCUAAGUAUCCUUUCUUCCUUCUUUUUUUCCCCCUUUUCCAAAUCUACUCGUUUCUCUUUCAAGAGGAGAUUUGACACCAUCAAAGGAAGGGUAUCAUGUAGUGAAACACAAAGAAAUCUUGUCCUCCAUUAAUGGCCUCAAUAUAAGUAUGGAUUCCGUUAAGAGAUCUUCGAGCGCUCCGUCAAAAAGUAGGUUGGCACGUACAUUAUCGAAAGUUCUUCAUAUUCGUGUUGCUACUGGGAUUGCCCCGGAUGAUGAAAUUAAGAAGCCUAAGCCUCAGAAGGUGGUCAAGGAUAAUCAGUUGAAGGAUGAUCCCAGCAAUGGAUCUAUGUUUGAGGAUGAGGAAGAUGAAACUCAGGACAGAGAGGCUUUAGAGGCUCUUCUUGCUAAGAUAUUUGCCAGUAUUUCAUCUGUCAAAGCGGCGUAUGCCAAAUUACAGUUUGCUCAGUCCCCUUACGAUGCUGAGGGGAUUCAGUCUGCCGACCAAAUGAUUGUUUCCGAGUUGAAGAACUUGUCUGAGUUGAAGCAAUGUUAUGUGAAGAGACAGUUUGAUAUUUCGCCAGAAACCACAAUGCUUCUGGCUGAAAUCCAGGAGCAGAAGUUUCUUUUGAAAACAUACGAAAUAAUGUGCAAGAAGAUGGAAUUUCAGCAAAAAGUCAAGGACUCUGAACUUGCAUCUCUUAAACAGAAGCUGGAGGAGUUAAACAACAGAAACAGAAUGACGGAGAAGAGGUUAAAUCAGAGUGGCCCCUUGUCUGUUCUGGAUAAUCUUCACCUCUCUGGCCUGAGUCCAAAUCAUUUCGUUACUGUACUUCGCCAUACUGUGAAGUCCAUUCGGAGCUUCGUAAGGUUGCUCAUCGACGAGAUGAAAUCUGCCGACUGGGAUGUCGAAGCAGCGGCUAGCGCAAUAGAACCAGGAGUUGUUUACUGGAGACCGGAUCACAAGUGUUUUGCAUUCGAAUCCUUUGUUUGCCGGGAAAUGUUCGAUGGUUUCCAAUUCCCCUACUUUUCCAUCACCGAGUCCUUACCCGAGAGGAGAAGGUGGCAGCAGGUCUUUUUCGAGAGGUUUGUGGAGUUGAAGUCCUCGAAGGCGAAGGAUUACUUGUCCCAGAAGCCGAGAUCGACCUUUGCGAAAUUCUGCCGGGUCAAGUACCUGCGAAUCAUCCACCCCAGAAUGGAAUCGGCUUUCUUUGGCAACACAAGUCACAGGAACCUCGUGAGCGCGGGCGAGUUCCCGGAGACCACAUUCUUUGCGAUGUUUGCGGAGAUGGCGAAGCGGGUGUGGCUCCUUCACUGCCUGGCCUUCUCGUUCCAGCCGGAGGGCACCAUCUUUCAGGUGAGCAAAGGGUCGAGGUUCUCCGAAGUGUACAUGGAGACGAUUGCCGAGGAAGAAGCGCUCAACACCGCGGAAUACGAUCCGAGGGUGGCGUUCACAGUAGUCCCCGGGUUCAAGAUCGGUAAAACAGUGAUACAGUGCCAGGUUUAUCUAUUGAACUCCAACGAGUCAAGGUGAAAUCUUGAUCAUGGACCCAUCUGGAUCAUGUAGCCCUAUGUAUUAUGAUAAUGUUCCAUAAUUGUCAGAUCUUCGCGGCCCCCCCCAAAAAAGACAAAAGAAAAACAUCAGAGAUUGAGCUGGAAGCCAUAAGACUCUUUUGAUUUUUUCCUUUACUUACUCCCAUUUAGGAGUACGAGAAAGAAAAAAUCAAACGGGUCUCUGGCUCUCUUCGUCCUCCUCUCUGGUUUGUGGUUGCUGGUGGCAGGGCAUUUUGUCCCUUUGCCUUUUGGCCCUUUUUCUGGGAGAAAGGAAAAGCGCGUGGACCGUCGUCUCGGAUGCUGUAGCAAAGAAUCUUUUUCUUUUGAAUCCUUGCAAUGUUUAGAUUUUGACCGGACGUUCGUGUUCCAUGUUCAUGUCCCCCUCCACCAAAAUUUUGUUAAUAUUAAUUUAAGCAUCAAUCAGAUAUGGAUGGUCCCGGGAUGUUUUUAAGGGGGUACAGCUUUGAUUUCUCCCAUGUUUGUCCAUCAUGUUGCCUGUAUAAAAAGAAGUAUAUAGCGGUUGGACUGUUCUCUUACUGUUCAUUGGAAAAUUAUUGCGUGUGCUUUUGC